CUCGUGUUUCAGGCAGCCGUGCUGCAGAUCAGCGCAGCUCAGCAGCAGAGGGCGGCUGCCACUGGAGGCAACGAGAGCGCUGCAUUUGAUUGGAUGUCUUGUUCUAUAGCCAGCCAAGCCGAUCACAGCUGUAGCCUUUGCAUUUACGAACGCUACUCUGAUGUUUUAUGUGUUAUGCGCCCGGGUGUGCACGUGUUCAUGAAGUGACCAUCACAAGACGACCUUCUUUGCAAAUUUUGAAUGCAGAAUUCAUGAUGAGGAAGCGGCCUGACCCUGCAUUGCGCUGCCCAAGCUGGCCGCCGAUGGUUUUACCAGACUCAUCUGAAAGCAGGGCAGCAACUUCAUGCUGCGUUCCUCUAGUAUGUUGACGUUGAGCGGGGCACGCUUGCGGGACGCAUCCAUGGACGAUCUUGAAUCAGGGUUGAAAAGUCCACCGAAAGAUCGACAUGGCUUCCUUGGCGAUUUGCUCAGACUCGGGAGCGGCAGCAGAGUUCUUGGUGCCUCUAGGGCAAGGCACUACAGGACUAUGCUUGUUGCAGUGGUUCUCAUCUGCUUUGGGCUGCUGGUAGGCUUCCAAUUGAUUGGUUCUAGAAGUAGGCAGCUGUUAGACAGUAAUGGGCUUGAGAUGUACGGUGGGCGACCAGCCCCUUUCGCUGGGUUCUCAAACCUUGUGAUGGUGGCCGGACAUGCUGUCUUCACAAGUGCCAACUACGUAAAUGCUGACGCGGAGAGUUCGUGGUGGUUGGAGACAUACCAGCAGGCCGCUGGUCAGGCACAAACGUUUGUGGACCACAUCAGGGCAGGCAUUAAAGAGGCUGCAAGGGACCCAAGAGCCCUGCUGAUGUUCAGUGGCGGAGAGACACGGCGGGAGGCCGGCCCGAAGAGCGAAGCUCAGAGCUACUGGGCCGUAGCGGACGCUGCAGACUGGUACGGGCAGGCGGCGAGCGUGCGGGGCCGAGCAGUCACUGAAGAGCACGCGCGGGACAGCUUUGAGAACCUGCUUUUCAGUGUGUGCCGCUUCCGGGAGCUCACGGGCCACUACCCUUUAAAUAUCACGGUCGUAAGUUAUGCGUUCAAGGAGGGGCGUUUUGCCAGCCUGCACCGAGACGCCAUCGCGUUUCCCGCCAGCCGUUUCUUCUACGUGGGGACCCCGGCAGCGGAAUCGGUGCAAACGGCAGCGCGGGAAGGCGAGGCGAAGGUCGCGGCCAUGUACAAAGAAGAUCCAUACGGCUGCAACGGCGCGCUGCACGAGAAGAGGCUUUUGAGGGACCCUUAUCGGAGGAGGCUGCCGUACCCUCAAGGUUGUCCGGAGAUGGAAGCGCUUUUUACAUACUGCGGGCCGCGAUUGUAUCAAGGACGAUUACCUUGGGACUGAUCUUUGUUUCGAGGUCUACUGGUAAAACGCGCAUGUGUAUGUCUACC